AACAGAGACUUCUUGAGAAAAAAGAAGGAACGGAAAUGAUAACUUAUCGGCAAUAUAAAAAACAGUUAUGGAUAGCUAAAUGACAUGCGUUUUGAACCAGUCGAAUAUACUACACAGGAAUCCCAUGAAACGAAUUCCAUGGAGAGUUGAGUAGCCGCGUGGUUAAUAUGACUAUGAUUACCGAUUUCUAGCAAAUGUAUCCAGGAGAUAAGAUAUUAAUGUUUUGCGUUCCUUAUCCUAUACGACUCAUGUUGUUUUAGGUCUUUGCCUUUGCCCCCUUUGCCCUUUCCUCCGGGAGCACCGGGUGCCCUGUGUAUUCUCCCAGUCUUUGAGCCCGUUGUUGUCAUUUGAUUCAAUUCAUUUGAUACUCCAAUUAUGUUGUCGUCCGCGAGUCGAUAUACCUCCAAGCAAGCAUGAAACACAGUACAAUGUAGAAGCAGUAAAUCUUUCUGCUAUUUGCUUUAUAUCCAAAGAGGAUUGGUAAAUUUGUUAGAUCAGCAUGGCGACCGAGUGUCCGUCCGUUCUCCUCUUGCGCUCAUCUUCUGAUGACCCUAAACAGGACAGGUACCACAUGGAACUGAGAAGCCAUGGUUUCCAGUGCACUUCAAUCCCAGUGCUCUCUUUUGAAUUUGAAAAUCUUGACAAAUUGGAGAAAAUGCUGUCAGAGCCCACAGAAUAUGGAGGCAUCAUCCUUACAAGUGCUAGAGGGGUUGAAGCCAUGGAGAAGUGCAUUGAAGAAAAGAUAUCCCUGUCUGUUUGGCAGGAAUCAUUCCAAUUUCUAUGGCAGAGGCUGCCUGUGUUUGUUGUGGGUCCAGCAACUUCUCAAGCAGCGAAGAAGAAGCUAGGCCUUGAGAGUGUUGGUCAUCAGGCAGGAAGUGCAGAAAUGCUAGCCCCCAUGAUACUAGAAGGUGCGCAUCCCCAGACCAAGCCUUUUCUCUUUCCAUGUGGUAACCUCAGAAAAGAAACCAUUCCUACAGAAAUGCAAAACGCAGGUGUCCCGUUGAAAGGCUUACAAGUCUAUAAGACAUGCAAGCACACAGAACUUGCUCAGAACCUCACAUCUCACGUAGAGGAAAAGGGUGUGCCAUCAGUCAUAGUAUUUUUCAGCCCAUCUGGUGUCCAAUUUGUGCUAUCAUUGCUGACAGAAAUAUUUGGAGACUUUUCUGCUUUGAAGCUUGUUGCGAUUGGAGCGACUACGUCAGCAGCUAUGAUAAAGCACGGUCUUUCUGUGGCAGCAGUUGCCAAGCAACCAUCUCCCAAGUCUUUGGCAGAGUGCAUUAGUCAGUGCUUUUAGCCUCCUUCCAUCCCCCUCUAUUAUCAUGGUCUGUCUGUAGACUGAUAAUUAAAAGGAAACAAUGAUGUAGUGCGAAGCAGGUUAACAGAAUAAGAUGCAUCAUUUUAGUGUGCAGUAUUUAGAAAUAUAAUUGGUGAAUACAUUAUUUAGUGGGAUAGGUAUAAGAUUAUUGUUUCAUGUAGGGUUGACCUCGAAUUAACCAACUUAUUACAUAUAUUAUCAUUAAGGGAAAGUAAAAUGAAGUGAAAUAUGUAGCAACGCAAAUAAAUCUUUACUCGCUUGUA